UUUUUUGGUUGUUGUUUUUAUUUCAAAAACAAAUAUCCAAAACAACUCCUUUCUAUUGAGGGCACUGCCAUUUUUCUGGUCACCUGGAUUCAGAACUUUGCAGUCAUCGUCACUUCUUCACCAUCCCUCCUCAUUACAUUCAGUCACUUCAAUAAAAAGUUGGCCUGUUCAGUUUGUUCACCUUGGGUAAACUGACCUUUGAUGUAAAUCUUGGUAGGGAGUUACUAAUGAGGGGCUCUCUCUGCCAAAAGAGAUCUGUAGUUGCCUUAAGCUCUCACUGAAAGUUUGUGACUGACUAGCCCAAGGUCAUGUAGUUGAAGCAAGAACUGAAGGCCUUCUUGGUUUUUGGUUUUGUAUCCCUAGUGCCUAGUGACAGUACUUGAUGAAAGUAGCUGAAUUAAAAGUAGGGAUUGCCAGGUAUAGAAGAGAACCCAAAUGAGCUGUAAGUUGUCUUCCAGCUAAGAUUCAGGAGUUUCCCUGCCCAUGGCCAUAGCCUGAAAGAUAAGCAGUUCUAAGAAUGGCCUAGCUUUGGACACAUUUGGGAGGUAAGAAGAGUUAGCAAGAGGGCCAGAGGAAUUUACUUCUUCACCAAACUCCUUUACAUUUUAAAGAUAAGCUAGUCUUUGGAAAGGCAGGUACUAUUACCAAGGCUGGGAGUAGAAUUCAGACACCAGAAGGCACAGGCUGUUCAGAUCCCUGAAAGGUUCCAUCCUUUUAUGGAUGUGGACCUCAAACAUUCAAGGAAAGUUCUAAUACUUCAAUACCCUUCCUUCAUGAAAAGCAAGAUUAUUUUAGGAUGUCUAUAAUGAACAAGCAUUCAUUUUCUACUAUAUGCAAAGCACUGUUGUGGACACCAUGGCUACAAAUACGUAUCUUACCAUCAAGGAGUUUACUUCUUACUUGGCUGCUGCAACAUAUAUAAUUAAUAUUGGCUUCAUACAAGACAGAUACACUGUGACUGAGUGCAGGUGGGAGGGAAACUUAACAAAUAGAGGAAUCAGAAAAAAUCUCUUGAAGGAAGUGGCACUUCUAGGAUUCUAGUAGGCAGAGGUGAGAAAGGGAGAGCAUCUCACAUGGAAGAAAUGGCAUAUUGGAUAUGAGAAAUAAGUAGGCUAGUUUCUCUGGAGCUUAAUGUGAGUGGAUAUGAUUAACAUAAAAUCAGUUAAGAAAGAUAGGAUAGGAGGCAUCUGGGUGUGGCUCAGUAGAUUGAGAUCCUGGCCUGGAGACAGGAAGGUCCUGGGUUCAAAUAUGGGCCUUAGAGACUUCCUAGCUGUGUGACCCUGGGCAAAUCAUUUAACCCCUUAUUGCCCAGCCCUUUCAGCUCUUCUGCCUUGGAGCCAAUAUAUAGUAUUGACUAUGAUGGAAGGCAAGGGCAAGGGCUUGGGGGGCAGGGAAAGGACUUUAAAUUUCAAACAGAAAUUUGUAUUGUAUCCUAAAGGCACGUGGGAGCCAUCUCUGCUUCUUGAGCCUAAGAGUGAUGGGACCCAUACUAUACUUUAGGAAUAUUAGUUUGACAGAUGUGAAGAAUGAUUGCACAUAAGUAUAAAUUUUACCACUCCCCAAGUGCUCUGUAAUUUCAUUUGCUUGUAUAUCCUUUUACACAAAAACUAGCAGUCAGUAAUUUUUGUUGUAUGUUUAAUAUUAGAAACAAAUCUGAGUGAAAAGAAAAUACAUCCACCAUUCCACUGGAAGGAUCCAAGAUGAUUCUUCCUGGAAUUCAAAAACACUUUGGAGGCAUUUUGUGAUAGUAUUCUCAAACCAGCUCAAAUUGAUGAUAAGAAAUAUUUUCAAGUCAAGCAAAAAUCUGGGAAUAGUAGUCCUUUAACUGUGUAAUAAUGUUCUUACCACACCCCUCUCUAUGAUAGGUUUCCUGUUUUAACACUCUUACAGCUAGUAGUAUAUAGGGGGAUAAAGCCCUUUUUAAUUUAAGACUUACAACAGACAACACUCCAAUACCAUCUGCCUUGACUUGUGUGUACUAAUGGUCACUUGAUGUGCGCUGGCUGUUUUAUCCACCUACUAGCAGAUGCCCGGCUGAAGGAGGAACAGGCCACAUGCCCCAAUUGUCGUUGUGAGAUCAGUAAGAGCCUCUGCUGCCGAAACCUGGCUGUGGAAAAAGCAGUGAGUGAGCUGCCGUCAGAGUGCGGCUUCUGCAUGCGCCAGUUCCCCCGCUCCCUCCUGGAGAGGCAUCAGAAAGAGGAGUGCCAGGACAGGGUCACGCAGUGCAAAUACAAACGCAUCGGUUGCCCAUGGCAGGGCCCCUUCCACGAGCUGACUGUGCAUGAAGCAGAGUGCACACAUCCCACCAAGACUGGCAAUGAGCUAAUGGAGAUUUUGGAUGAGAUGGACCAAACCCACAAGAAGGAGAUGCAGCUAUAUAACAGCAUCUUCAGCCUGCUCAGCUUUGAGAAGAUCGGCUACACAGAAGUUCAGUUCCGCCCAUACCGCACCGACGACUUCAUUACACGCCUCUACUAUGAGACGCCAAGGUUCACCGUGCUGAGCCAGACGUGGGUCCUGAAGGCAAGGGUGAACGACUCUGAGAGGAACCCAAAUCUGUCCUGUAAGCGUACCCUCUCCUUUCAGCUCAUCCUGAAGAGUAAGAUCAACUCCCCCAUGGAGUGCUCCUUCCUCCUGCUCAAGGGACCCUAUGACGAUGUGAAAAUCAACCCUGUGAUCUAUCACUUUGUCUUUACCAAUGAGAACAACGAGACCGACUAUGUGCCGCUCCCCAUCAUAGACUCCGUGGAGUGUAACAAACUGCUGGCCGCCAAGAACAUCAACCUCCGGCUCUUUAUAUUCCAGAUACAGAAAUAGGCAGGGCUGGGGUCAUGCUGGCAAGCUCAAAGAGAAAGAAAGCACCACUGAACCGUACUUACCUCGUCUGGGCAGCCUGCACCAGUUGUGAUUUCACAAUAUAAUCCGAUCAUUUUAGAAAAAGGAGGGAGGAAACAAAUUUAAAACCAACAAAAAAACCAACCCAAACCAAUUGGAACAAAGUCUGCAUGCGUAUGCAACAGUGUAAGCAGUCACAGCCUGCCUUCUCUCUUCCCCUCUCCUAGAUGCCCUGGGCCAGGGCCUUCCCCCACCAACAGUCCGCCCGGCUGCCCCCGCAGGCCAGGUCAGUGGGGAACUAGACAGCAGUGGAGACCUCUGCAAUGCCACCAUCAUCUGCAGGGGAGUUUAUGGGAAACAUCGAGUUGUCCCCUGUUACUCUGUUACAUUGUGGCAGAGCAGUGUUGGCUUGUUCAUGGUUAAGUGCACAAUUUCCAGAUGCAUGGGGGCUCAGGGGAUCCUGCCUGACUUCAGACAGCAUAUUUGAUUGAAAUUAAAAAGGCAACAUUGUUUCCUAAUUUUUUCUUUUGUUUGGGUGGAGAGGUUUAGCUCUGGUUUAACAUUUGAGAAUACUAUUUUCUUUGAUUUUUAUGCAGUCAGAUGGGGAACUGGAAAAGGAAGAAAGCUGUCCAAUUUCCUUUCCCUUUUUUAUCUACUUAUCCACAGGAAAGACCAAGGGGAAUGUUAUGGUAUCUUUGAGAAAUUUUCCAAGGUGUGAAGCCCAUGUUUUGGGGGAUAGGGGCUGGAUGGAUGAUGGAGAAUGAGGAAAAUCCUCAUGUAAAGAAUGAACCAUCCCUUGGUACCUACAUUUCAGGUAUCUGGGAAGUAGCCAGAGAUGGAAGGGCUGCUUUAAGUUGUCUGAUGUGUGAAGCUGGGCCCUCCUCAUCUUCUCUCCUUCUCCCCACUUCCACUCCCCACUGUCCUAAGGCCUUUGAGAGACCAUCUUAUGGGUCAAGGAAGCUAACUUUAAAUUGAGGAUUAAUAGACUAUGAUGUGAUUUCUAGAUCCCUGGGAUGAAUUCUUGUUAAUUCCUAGCACAGAAUCCUCAUGCUUUUGACUGGGUUCCCAGGGCAUUAUCUUCAGGUUAAUAUUUAUGGCACAUGGGAAUAAGCUGUUUGCUUCUCUUUCUCUCCCAUCCCAGCCCUGCUCCAACUCCUUCAGGGUCCCCAGAAACCUGCACUCAAAAUAACGGAGUUGUCAUUUGUUUUUGUAUUAUGUUCAAUCAUGAUGAAAGGAAUACCAUGGGCCACAACGUAUUUUCAUGUUCCUUACCCUGCCUCCCACUCCUGUCCCUUCCCAUUUGCCAAAUAUAGCCCAGGCUGCAAUUCUCACUUAGACAGGAUGAUGCCUCUGGGGCUCAACAGACAUUUUCGGAAUGCAGGGUGAAAUUCUGUCUCUUCCCAGAAAAAAAAAAAGAAAUUAACCUUUUUACAGGCUCUCCUAGCAAUUAUGCAAUUUUCCAGUGUGAGAAAGAAUAUAUUUUAUAUAUUGUCUCUGACAUGUUUGUGGACAGGCCCAGCACAGCCUUCCACCAAACUGUGAAGAGUUCUACAGGGAUAUUUGCUCAACACUGUUCAGCAAAGUGAAGUAUGUGACUUAGUUGUGGAAGGGAACUGUCCUAUGGAAUCGUGGCUGGUAGAUGGUCUCUAAGGUCAGCUUACUCCUAUCACAGUGACCACAUUGGGACAUAGUUUUAUACUACUUCUGUGGAAUAACUGGAUCAAUCUAAUUGUACAUCAUGGAAAUCUACCAUGAGACUGAGAUACUUGCUGCUUCUAGUCAGCUCCAAGGAAAGCGCUCUCUGCUUCAGGUUUUACCCAGAUUUAGGUCAUUUCUUCCCAGUCUGGCACGGUUACAUUUACUUCUGUUGUGACUAGUGGCAAACUGGUGAAGCUUUUGUGUCAGUGACUCAGUGACCCUCUGGAGGUAAAGGCAAGGUAGUCUGAUUUUAGAGUGAGCCCUAGGGUGAUUUGUAAAUGAUUUCCAAAAAUUGUCUUGUUGACCCCUGAAUGGGUUUUAGCUUUUGCUAGAGAUGGGUGUGGUGUGUGUGGGUGUGUGUGGGUGAGAGAGAGAGAGAGAGAGAGAGACAGAGAGAGAAACAGAGAGAGAGAGAGAGAGAGAGAGAGAGAGAGAGAGAGAGAGAGAGAGAGAGAGAGAGAGAGAGAGAGAGAGAGAGAGAGUGAGAGUGUACAAGGAGGGGUGUGCAGUGUUUUCCUGACAAAACUUUUUUUGUGGUCUGUGGUAAAGAGGCAAAGAUUAAAAGGGCAAGUAUGGGGACAGCCUCUUUUUGCUUUCUACCCUCCUGAUCCCAUCCCUGCUCUCAAAGCCCCUGAAAACUGCCUGGAGACUACAUACUAACAACUAUGUUACCCUCCCCUGUCCUUGCUCUAGAAGAAUGUUCCCCAUCAUAGCUUUUUUUGUUAAUCAAAUACCAAAGAACCACAUUUCCUUCAGUCCUCUGUCUUUCCUCUCUUCUCCCCAAAUCCUGCUUUAUAAUAGGCCCACUCUUUCAGUGGGCCUAUUUGCAGAAUUAAAUCAGAUUUCACCCCACACACAUUGGUAAGGAGGAUUGAUUGACCAAGGUGGUACCAGAUUAACCAAAUCAUGGAAUAUGUGUGUGACCUCUCAGGACCUUGCUAGCUUUAGGGGUGCAAUUUGAGAAUUGCUGAGUUUGAGGAUUGUUCAUUAUGUUUAGAGGUUAUGGAAAAAAAGCAGCAGGUCCUUCUUAGGCUGGGGUUAGGACAUUGCCCAACAAAAGUCCAGACCUCAAAGAAUGACGGUCAGGCUAUAUCAAACCCCAAGGUUCCUGCCCUACCUCCUCCAAACAUUGGUAAAAUUUCCUGUCUCCUUGUCAGUGAGGGAAUUUUGGUGUGAAAUAUUCCAAAUACCGUAGGGCUCAAUUUUUAGCUAAGGUUGUUCCCUCAUUCCUGCAAUGUGCCUGGGUCAUCUGCGACAAAUUUGAUCAGUAUUUGCUGCCAACUAGGUCAUAGCUUUUCUAGGGCCCUAAUUUGGGAAAGUUCCAUGUAGGAUCAAGGAAAUCCUCCACCCUGAGCACCCAAGGACAUCUGAGCUGCCCCCUUUCCCCCUGCUUUCUUACCCCACCCUCUUUGCUAUUAGGAACAAAAUAAUAAUCUCUUGUAUCUGCAUCCUCAAGCCCCUAUGGGACAUCUAGUAAUGAAUAAUAAAAUUGAAUUGAGUUCCAAGGAUCUUCAGGAGGAAGGAAAGGUGAAAGGAGCUUGAGUGCUAGAAUGUGAUUGAUAUCUAGGUGACAGGCUUUUUGCUGUGUAAACAGAGGACAAACUUCAGAGGAGGUCAAGUAGACAGCUUAUCCUAAGGGGAUGAGGAAGGGCUGAGAGGAGACAGUUUUUCUGGGGCUGUGUUCCCUACCCAUCUCUCACCCUUAGUAAAUAUCAAAGGGAAUGAGGUCUGAGAUGUUGCAGGGAAGAGAUUUGCAGGUGAAUUUUCAAAAACAAUCUUGAAGGCCAGGGUGCAUACACUGGGCACAUGAAAACCCAGGCUUUUAGCUUUUAAAGUAAAAAUUCUAUUUAGGCAAAUUUUUAUUUUGCCAGUAACACCCCUUAAACUCCACCCCACCCCUCCCACUUCCCUUCCUCCUACAAAGAAGGAAUUCCCCAUUUCAGCAUUGUCCUCCUAUACCAUCAGAUACUCAGGUAAAAUCCAGUGUUAACCCAGCUGCUAAUUCAAAUGGGCUAAUUUCAGGUGGUAUAAAGGUGGGUUUGUGGGCAUGUUUGUAUAUAUGAGGGUGUGUGUAUGCUGCCAAUGAUGGGAAGGCCAUCUUCACAGGUUGAUAAUCCUGAGAAAUGCUAUCUAUUGACUAUUAGCCACCUGUUUUACUGUAAAAGGGGGUGGGGGAGGGAGACAGGGUCCUUGGUUUGGGUUUCCAGAUGGGGAGCAGCCAUAUAGUCCUUUUACUGUUCUUCAUUGUUGUCUCUACCCUUCCCUCCACCCUGACCUUUUCAGGUAUGCCUGACUCAGCUCCUUUGUAGCACAGGUGGACAUCACUGGGUGAUUUAGUGAAUUCUUGUUGACUUUUCAGGUUAGACUCUUGUCAGACUUUGUACCAGGUCUCAUCUUUCUUUGGCUAAAUCAUGUGAGCAUCAGAAAGGGAAUACUGGAGGGUAGGGAACUACUAGUGGUAGUCGGUAGGAUUAGGAGGAGUAUUGGCAGUAUAUAGCCUCAGUAUAGUAUCUAGGAAUGAUGCACUGGCCUCUCCUCUCAUGAUGUCACUGUUUCUCUACGUUUCUUAAAAGAGUGACUGUUACAUGUAUUUCAGAACACCUGGUGGGAGAAAGAUCUGUCCUCUUGGAAGCUUGGCAGAUUCUCUUGAGAACUGUUAUGUUCUUGGUUUUUUGAGGAUUGAGAAGCUCUUUCUAGGGAAAAAUGGGGACAUAAUCUAGACAGGUUUUCAAUGCUAUUGUUAUUACUGUUAAUGUAUGUGGGCAUGGGAGUAGUAGGUGGGAGAAUGGGGGAGAAAUCAACCUGUGACCCAAGCAUUUUCACUGUCAGCACCAGGAGCUGAUAAAAUAUAGUAUGGGUCAAGGGAAAGUGAUCAGAUUGGCCAAAUGUGUGGCUCCUGUGUAGAGAAGUUGAUAAUCCAGAAAGAGCUAGCUAGUUCCCUUCACCUGAUCCUUUCAUUGAACCAAGGAAUGUUGUACUAGCACCCUGUUCCAUUGAGUCUUACCACAUGAACCUAGGUGAUAUAUGGUGCCCCUAUCCAUGACCUUCCACAUUGUAGGUAUUUCUUACUAUGUGCCUUGACAGUCCACCGGAAUUCUAGCAAGUGGGCAAGGGAGAUGGCCAGUUAGACUGGACAGGGUGGCAUCCCCAAUAGCAUGAUGAAGACAUCACUAUCUACUCCCACUCUUGACAGAGUGGGCUGUAUUUGUGAUGUCUGAUAAUUUCCUGUCAUGGGAACAGUUACAGGUCUGUAUGUGUGUUUGUGUGUGUCUGUGUGUGUAUGUGCAUUUUAGCUUCUAGAAGGCCCUGCUGUAUGUGUGUGUUAAAGAGGGGAUCAGUGUUCCCUGUUCUUUGCUCCUCCCUCCUCCCAUUCUCACCCCAGCUCAUGAGCAUCACAACCUUCCUUCCCACAAAGAAUGCUGAGUAAGUUGCUUAGAAUCUCCUGUUGAGGGUGAGGGCAAGAUCUGAGAUUUGAUUGAGCUGGAGAAGGGGAGGGAGAUGAGGCCUGAGUUUUGGGAGUAAGCUCAGGGUGAGAGAAUUCUUAGGAACAGGUCACCUCAGUAAAGGAAAGACGUUGACUUCCAGGAGACUUGUCUGGCUGGUUUUGUUUUGUUUUUUAAAUGCUUUGCCAAACUGGCACUGGUGACAGGAAGCAUUUUUCUGGUCUCCAGAUGGCUAAGGCCUCUUCUAUUGGAAGGUAUGUGUGUGAGUGUGUGUGCACACCUGUCUGUCGGUGAUGGUCCAAAAGAGAAUUGUAAAUAAAUCAUGAUGUUUUUACAUAGCCUUUCUCCCAUAGUCACCAAACAGUUCCUGCGCCCUCCACUCCCCAGUAUUCUCCUCGGGUUUCCCUAGGCCCCCAUGGCCCUUAUAAUGUUCAUACACAGCAGCUGAGCCUUACUGCCUGGUAGUAAACUGGGCGCCUUGAAAGAUUGUAGCAAGUGUCUCGUGCCCCACUGGGAGACGGGCAGAUCACAAACCUCCUUGCAGUAUUCACUGUGGGUAAUUUAUUUAACUAGUGAAUGUAGAUUAAAGUAAUUAAAACGAAGAGAAAUUAAUGCUUUGUCUGCAGGAUCAUGUGUCCUCCUUGUAUCCUAACCUGAUUUUUAAUUUGUUGUCUUGUUCUUUUGAGGCUCUCUUCUGAGAGCCUAGUAGAGAGCCAUUGGUAUGGGGGAGGGGAGGAGGGACAGUGUUGGCAGAGUGGAUACAGGUGGGAAAGAACUGGCCAAGGAAGCUCUGGAGGCUUUUAAGUUCAGAUGGAAGGGCAGAGUAGAUUUUUAGGAAACAUUUUCUAAGUACUGGAUACAGUGACUCCAGAGGUAGGGGAGGAGGCUUUGCGUUGGGAUUUUAUUAGGGACUCAGCCAUCCAUCUCUUCCCCACUUCCCUUCUCUCCUCUCCCUCCUUUCUUCUCCCCUUCCCCCCCUUCCACAAGCACUACAUCCUUUGAUUCACUCAAAAUGAGAAAUUUACAAAAAUAAUAAUUUUUAAACAAAGCAAGAGAAGUGUUUUUAACGCUGUUGGGAAUGAUUCAUUAUGUUACUUUUGUGGUCUGCGUUCUGUUUGGAUAUUUUCUGUAUGUAACUGUAGUUUAAAAAAAAAUUUGCCAAACCA